AUGCAAGAUGCUAUGGAUCCAUUACCUGAUAUAAAUUUCAAAGAAAUGGAUUCAAUACAAAGUUACAGUGAACGUUUAGUAAUGCAUAUACAGUAUAAAAUUUUCACCUUGGGAACAUAUAUCAACUUGACUACAGAUAACAUACGUCAAUUAAAUCAAUCUGUGAGAAAAAGUAAACAAGAACUGUUAGAUAUGAAAGAUUCACUGAACAAUAAACAUUUAAGUACAAAUGAUAAAAUUGAUCAAUAUGAGCAAUGUAUUAUGGAUCUUCAACAAUCUUUUCAAAACAUUAUACUUAUGGAAGAUAUUGUCAAAACGAUAGAAAUGGAAGAACGAGAUUUUGGAAUACGGCUUACAAAUACACCUGAACGCAAAGUAUGCUUCAAUGCGCUGAAAAGAGACAAUACUAUUACGAAACAUUUGAAAGCUUUGGAGUUCUGUCUUCCACCGUCGGUUUUCUUUGGCAAUGAUAAAAGAAAACUUGAUGAACAUAUUGAAAAUUACAAUAUUAUUAUAAGAAAACUAAACUUUGAAUUAUUUAACUUUGAACUUUUGACGGAGCUCAAAGGUGAACUUGAAAAGAAGUACAAAAAAGUAAAAUAAAAAGUCACGUUAGUCAAGAUCAGGACUGAUUAUCUCAAUGAACAUUUUACUUAUAAUAUUCACUUCAUUUCUUUGAUUAAUCGUGUAGCUUUGUUGUAAUCAGUUGUUAUAUGAC